AUGGUGGCAAAUUCUGAACGAAAUGGGAUUUCCUCAGAACAAUCUAUACAAAACGGUACUGUUCCCCCGCGUAAUUAUGAAGCAGAAUUGCAUUUGGUACGCCACAAAUUGGAGGCAUUCCAUUCGAAUCUAUUGCAUGAGGUUCAGCAACGAAUGUCCGAUAUAGUAAAUGAUCUGGAAAAGGACCUGCGGCAGCAUGAAUUACAAAUUCGUGAAUUUCAAAGUCCUAUUACAACCAUAAAUAGUUCAAAUCCCAUUGUAUCAUUUCACGAAAACAACAAAGAUUCCUACGAAGAGCGCUACAGUGAUAGAAGGCGUAAAGAAGCUAAUCAAAAUAGUGAUAUGUCGAAGGAGGGGCAGCAAAAAUCCCACAAACAAUUUCUAAAAAAAAAUCCGGAAAAAGUUUUCCAAUGUCGCGAAUCAUAUUUGACAACGCUCAUGCAAGUUGGUCAUAUCCGCACGAUUUAUAACAUUUUCAUAGUGGGUUUUGUUUUCUACCUGAUGCAAAAUGUACUUUUGGAAUAUUUGACAAGUGGCAGGAUCACCUUGGGAGCUGGUAUAUUUCAAACUGGUUUUGCAAAUAUUCACUAUGCACUUGGCGUGUGGCUGAUUUUGAAUGCUUACACUUGCAGUGUAUAUUAUGCUUUGAAAAUCUGGUCCAAUGUGCGAUCAAAACUUCAUCAACAAGAAAAAUUACGAACCAUAUGGUCUUACUUGUGGCUUAUGGGAUAUAUCCUUGGCGUUGUCAUGUGUUUAUAUCUUCCGGCAAAAUUUUGCUUUAAAUUGGACAUUAAAUAUGCUUCGGCAGCAGCACUCCUAAUGGAAACCCUGAGACUGGUAAUGAAACAACAUGCCUUUGUGCGGACAAUUUGCGGACGUGCUAUGCAGGGUAAAUUGAAGAGCGAUGAUACUGCAGACAAUUCUCCGACAAUGCCACCGUUUAGUAAAUAUUUGUAUUAUCUGUUUGUCCCAACUUUCCUGUAUCGUGAUAAUUAUCCCCGAACCUCCUGCAUUCGUUGGGGGUUUGUGGCCGCCCGUUUUGUGGAAUGUGUGGCACAUGUGUUUUUGUUUGCCUGUCUUAUGGAAAAUCAUCUGAAACCAGGCUUGGAAAAUUUCGGCAAAAUGCAACUGAAUGCGUCAUUGCUAGUUCGCACUGUUUUUCAACUGCAAAUGACCUCUAUGCUAAUGCUGCUAAGUGGUUUUUAUUUUCUGCUGCAUUCCUGGUCAAAUCUCACCGCUGAAUUGUUACGUUUCGGUGAUCGCAUGUUCUACCGGGACUGGUGGACAUCGGGCGAUAUAUUUGAAUAUUUUCGCAAAUGGAAUAUUUUGGUCGGUGAUUGGUUGUAUGAGUAUAUUUUUAAGGAUUGCUAUUUGUAUGUAUUCAAGGGUUCCACAGCGGCCUGUGGCAUGGCGGUGUUUGUCAUAUCCGCCAUAGCUCAUGAGUAA